CACAGUUUCAAAAUCCGAAACGACGACCCUGACGCAAUCCUUUCUUCUACCUGAAAUGGCGGCGGCACUGCAGACGAAUAUCCGACCGGUCAAGUUUCCGGCUACGUUCAGAGCUCUCACCAAACAAUCUCCCGCACCCUUCAGAGUAAGAUGCGCUGCUGCUUCCCCCGGGAAAAAGAGAUACAACAUCACUCUCCUUCCCGGCGACGGCAUCGGUCCGGAGGUUGUCUCCAUCGCUAAAAAUGUGCUUCAGCAAGCUGGAUCCUUGGAAGGAGUGGAGUUUAGCUUCAGGGAGAUGGCUGUAGGAGGAGCUGCUUUGGAUUUGGUAGGAGUGCCUUUGCCUGAGGAGACCAUCUCCGCUGCUAAGGACUCAGAUGCUGUCCUUCUUGGAGCCAUCGGAGGUUACAAAUGGGAUAAGAAUGAAAAACAUCUCAAGCCUGAGACUGGUUUACUUCAACUUCGUGCCGCUCUUAAAGUCUUUGCUAAUCUCAGACCUGCCACUGUUCUUCCACAGGUUACCCUUCUUCUUCUUUUUACUCUCACGAGUAUUUACUUUGGAGUGCCAAGAGGCAUUAAGACUAACGAAAAUGGCGAGGAAGUUGGGUUUAAUACCGAGGUCUAUGCUGCUCACGAGAUCGAUAGAAUUGCUCGUGUUGCCUUCGAUACUGCUCGGAAGCGACGUGGCAAGCUGUGUUCUGUCGACAAAGCUAAUGUCUUGGAAGCCUCAAUUUUAUGGAGGAGACGAGUAACAGCAUUAGCCGCUGAAUAUCCUGAUGUUGAGCUGUCACAUAUGUAUGUUGACAAUGCUGCCAUGCAGCUUGUUCGUGACCCCAAACAGUUUGACACCAUUGUCACAAACAACAUUUUUGGUGAUAUAUUAUCCGAUGAAGCUUCAAUGAUCACAGGAAGCAUCGGCAUGCUUCCCUCUGCUAGUCUCAGUGAUUCGGGGCCUGGACUCUUUGAACCAAUACAUGGCUCUGCUCCUGAUAUUGCUGGACAGGAUAAAGCAAACCCGUUGGCCACCAUUCUCAGCGCUGCAAUGCUUCUGAAAUACGGUCUUGGAGAAGAAAAGGCAGCUAAGAGAAUUGAAGAUGCGGUUUUGGGUGCUCUGAACAAAGGAUUCAGAACAGGAGACAUCUACUCCGCAGGAACUAAACUGGUGGGGUGCAAGGAGAUGGGAGAGGAGGUUCUGAAGUCAGUAGACACCCAAGUUUUUGUAUAA